GACAACACCUGCUUAACUCCUUCAUCAAAAAUGACACGAGGGCUCGGGGAGAUAUAGGCAGCAUCCGCCGCGGGGCCACGUACUAGUAGAGUAGACUGCAUGCGCGCUCCACGAGAUAUGAUGGUGAAAUUUGCGAUCGCGCUCCUGGUCUUCUCGCUCUUUGAGAAAGUGGUAGAAACGGAUACUAUGGACAUGCACGAGACCGCGCAGGAGAAGCCGGCGAGCCAGAAAGGGCGCCUGUCCCUGCAGAACACAGCUGACAUCCAGCACUGCCUGGUGAGCGCCGGCGACGUGGGCUGCGGCGUCUUCGAGUGCUUUGAGAACAACUCCUGCGAGAUCCGGGGGCUGCAGGAGAUCUGCAUGACGUUCCUGCACAACGCGGGCAAGUUCGACUCGCAGGGGAAGUCCUUCAUCAAAGAUGCCCUGAAGUGCAUGGCCCACGGGCUGCGACACAAGUUCAGCUGCAUCAGCCGUAAGUGCCUGGCAAUCAAGGACAUGGUGUUCCAGCUGCAGCGCGAGUGCUAUGUCAGGCACAACCUCUGCUCCGCCGCCAAGGACAACGUCAAUGUCAUGGUGGAGAUGAUCCACUUCCAGGAUCUGUUUCCUAAGGGGCCGUACGUGGAGCUGGUCAACAUCUUGCUGGGCUGCGGAGAAGAGGUGAAGGAGGCGAUCACCCGGAGCGUGCGACUGCAGUGUGAGCAGAACUGGGGCGCCCUGUGUGACAGCCUGAGCUUCUGCUCCACCCUGCCCCCUGCUCCCGAACGUCGCCAUGGCGCCCCGCUGCACCCGGAGGCCGAGCACCCUUCCAGCCCCAAGGGCUCACGACACGGGGAGAAGGACAAGCCGGGCAAGGGGGGCUUCAACCCUCAUUCCCGGAGUCGUGGCCAGGGGCCCCGGCGCCUCAGCGCAGAUGCCGCCGUACCUGAGCAGGAAGACCCCGAGACCACCGACAUCCGGAGGUGAAAGAACAAACGCACCACAGCCCUCUCAGCGCUACCCCUGUUACGCCCCCACACCACAGACUGCCUCUCUGCCACCAACUACAGACACACACCACAGACAGACAGACAGACAGAUGCCCACGCGAGGGAAGAGCCCCUCAAUUCCAGCCCCGCGACAGUCAUUCCAACUCUCCCAGACAGUAACUUUGCAGGGUAUGUGUGGUGUAGCACAUUUUGUUACUCAGUUAUUGUUUUUGUUAUUACUAUUAUAAUUAUUAUUAUUAUUAUUACUAAAAUUGUUAGAUUUCUACUCUAAUGUAGCAUUUUUCUGA